AGGUGGCCUAUUCCCAGAGCACUGGGCAGAAGGAGCAGCUGAGCCGCUGCCUGCAGCGAGGGAUCCGGCGGGUCCAGGACCUCUGCAAAGUCCUGCAGCUCCCAGCGGUGUUCGAGGAAACAGCUGUGUCCUACUUCCAGAGGGCUGUCCAGCUCCCUGCCUUCCACCUGGUCAGCCUGGAGAAGAAGGAGCUGCUGGGAGGCUGCUGUGUGUUCGUGACAUGUCGCCAGCACAACUGGCCCCUGACCAUGGGCACCAUCUGCUCCCUGCUCUAUGCGAAGCAGGAGCUGUUUGCCAGCGUCUACGUGAGGCUCCAGAAGGAGCUGGAGCUCUCUGUGCCUGCCCUGAGCCUGGCAGACCUGGUGAAGACACACCUGAACAGUUUCCGGCUAUUCAAGCCCACAGGCAACGUCCCUGUGCCAUUCCAGGAGGACAAGGAGAAGCUGGUGGCCCGGACAAUGAGCAUUGUGGAGUUGGCCAGUGAGACGUGGCUGGUCACCGGCCGCCACCCCGUGCCCGUGGUCACGGCCGCAGCCUUCCUGGCCUGGCAGUCGUUGCAGCCCAGCUCCCGCCUCUCCUGCCCCCUGGCUCGGUUCUGCCAGCUGGCAGGUGUGGAUGUGCCACCCCCAGCACACCUGAGGCUGAAGGAGCUGCUGGAGAUCCUCCUGGGAAUGGCCUCCAAGCUCGAGGAUGGGGAGGAGCAGCGUGACACAGCCCCAGCCCAGGGAUCCCCAGCCCAGGGUUCCCCAGGUGAAGACUCCCUGGGUGAGGGCACCCCGUGUGAGGACUCCCCAGACCAGGGCACUCCUGGCUCUCCUCCAGCAGCAGGAGGGGGGGCCCAAGAGAAGGGCUGUCCCUCAGCAGGGAAAUGGCCGCGUGAGGGCACCCCCAGGCCUCUGCUCCCACCCUGCCUCAUCCACCCGAGGAAGAGGCUGCGAACAGCAGCCCCAAGCACCGUGGACUCAGCCCUCACUGGUGACGAGCCCAUCUCCGACAGCGAGAUCGAGCAGUACCUGCGGGGCCCAGAGGAGGUCCAGGCCUUCAGGAAGGCCAGGGCCUGGCUGUGA